GCCACCCAACCCAAACUUCUGGAAUCUUUUGACCCCAAAAAUAUAUCAUACAUGGGAUUUGGAUUUCCCUUUUGUAUCCAUCCCCCGGCCUCCACCUCUCUCAUCGACGAGACCCACAAUUCUAGGAGAAGUCCAGUCCAGCUCCCGGGAGUAACCAACAUCUUGGGUGUUCUCGCAUUAUCAUAAUUAACGACGCCGCCAUUCAUGUCGACCUCCAAAGGCAGUCUCAGACAUUUUAUUAGGUCCGUUACGAACGCCAGGCACUUGAAGAAUUUUUAUCAGAGGCGAUGCUUUCGUACCAUCGCGGCUUUCGAUACACCAUUGCCGUUGGUCCCUAAUUCCGUCAAUGGGCUCGGUGGUCUCAGAUUUUCUCUCAGGAAUUUGUUUCAUAAUAGUCACACUGUCCAAACGAGGCGGUUUCUGGGUUGUGGAGACGGUGAAGAGGGCGGUUUUCUUUCGAAAGUUUACGAGGAGAAGCGCGUCUUGGGGUAUUCUCCAGAGCAAUUGUUUGAUGUAGUUGCAGCCGUCGACUUUUAUCAUGGUUUUGUCCCCUGGUGUCAGCGGUCUGAGAUAAUUAAACAAUAUCCCAAUGGGUCUUUCGAUGCUGAGCUAGAGAUUGGUUUCAAAUUUCUUGUUGAGAGUUACAUUUCCCAUGUAGAAUUGAGCAGGCCUAAGUUCAUAAAGACAACUGCAAAGGAUAGCGCCUUGUUUGACCACCUGAUAACCAUAUGGGAGUUCAAUCCUGGACCAGCUCCAGGAACUUGCAACCUUCAUUUUUUGGUGGAUUUUAAGUUCCAGUCACCAUUUUACCGGCAGGUGGCAUCCAUGUUCUUCAAGGAGGUGGCCAGUCAACUGGUACGAUCAUUCAGCCAGCGCUGCAGUUUGGUAUAUGGACCAGGGGUCCAAAUCCUUGAAAAUUCAUAUGGUCAAAGCACAUGACAAAUGAAUAUAUAGAGGCUAGCAGCAUAUAAUAGGGCAUAGAAUUACUGUUACACCAGCCACUGGGUGUUUAUUUUUUAUUUUUUGUCUGCUGCCCGGUGGUCCCAUUGAUCUUUUAAUUAUUCAUUCAAUCAAAGCCUUAAAUCCCAAGAAGGGAUUGUUGUGCAUGUUA